AUGAACAGCGGGAGUGCGCCGGGGCCUGAUGGUUUUGGCCCAAGUUUCUACAAGGCGGCGUGGGGCACUGUGAAACCUCAGCUCAUGCAGUUCCUCUCUGCUUUCCAUCAGGGCACUGCACAGCUCGACCGCAUCAACCAAUCCUAUAUGGUCCUCCUACCAAAGAAACCUGGGGCUGCCACGGUCGACGCCUUCAGGCCAAUUUGUCUACAGAACUGCAGCAUCGAGAUUGCAGCCAAGUCGCUCACCACUCGAUUGCAAGCUGAGAUCACGAAGUUGAUUGAUCUUGACCAGACUGGCUUCCUCAAAGGGCGAUCGAUAUCUGAAAACUUCGUCUACGCCAUGGAGCUUGUCCAAGUAUGCCACGGCCGGAAAGCACCUGCUAUCAUUCUGAAGCUGGACUUUGCCAAGGCGUUCGACACCGUCAACUGGCAGGCUCUUGUGCACAUCAUGUAUGCCAGGGGCUUUAGCUCGCUCUGGUGCCGCUGGGUGACCGAUCUGCUUGCCUCCUCCAAGUCCGCUGUGCUAGUCAACGGGUGCCCAGGCCCCUGGAUUCAGUGCAAACGUGAGCUUCGCCAGGGUGAUCCAAUGUCGCCAUACCUGUUCCUCCUCGUGGCCGAUGUCCUGCAGACUCUGAUCAAGAAGGAUGGUGGGGUGCGGCAUCCAAUCCUCACUGAUGGCACCUGUGCUGUUCUCCAGUAUGCCGAUGAUACCCUGAUCGUCUGUCGAGGGGAAGUGGCAGAUGUGGCGCGCCUGCGGCUGCUGCUUGACCAAUUUGCCGAUGCAACCGGCCUCAAGAUCAACUAUUCAAAAAGCACGGCGGUUCCCAUGCACGUGCCGGCUCACAUUCUCCCUGAAUGUCUGUCCAUUCUUGGGUACAAAGAGGAAGGGUUCCCUCAGACAUACCUUGGUCUCCCUCUGUCCAACACCAAACUGAAGCUCUCUGCUUUCUCCCCCUUCAUCGCCAAAGCUGACAGAUACUUGGCCGGCUGGCAGGCAUCACUAACUACUCAAUCCGAUGGGGCGCACUGUUCUGAUCAAUUCUGUGCUGGACUCCCAGUUCGUUUACCUGAUGGAGCCAUCACCACGGUUGCACUGGGGGAUGGGUGCACCACCUCCUUCUGGUAUGAUGUCUGGGACGGGGAAGAUACUUUGGCCGAUCGGUUUCCCGCACUUCUCAGCCAUUGCCGGCAGGACAGUCAAACUGUGGCCCAAGUCCGCCACCUCGGCUUGCAAAACGUCCUCACGGCGAGGCUCUCCAACGUUGCUCGUGAGGAGCUCGAGCAAAUCACUGACCUUGUGGAAACCUGGACACCAACUGAGGCACCUGACCAACGCCUGAGCCCCUUUGCGGACGCCUCUGGGAAGCUGCACACGUCGGCUCUCUACAAAAUGCUGUGCUCCUCUCGCAACCCCAAGGAUCCUCUCGCCACCUUCGUCUGGUGCAACCGCGCGCCGCCGCGAGUGCAGUUCUUCGCAUGGUUACUUGCCCGGGAGCACCUCUUGAAGAAACAUGUGCUCACCAGUGCUACUUGUGAAGUUUGUGGGCGCUUGGAAGAGACGGCCGCGCACAUCAUGUUCGGCUGCGACUUUGCGGUGUCCUUCUGGGCAUCAAUUCGGGUUGUGCUGCCCACGCCGAUGACUCCAGAUAAGUUGCCCCUGCUGAAACCUCCUGGACACAUCCCCCGUAAACACUUCCGCGCCUUCCUGUUGCUAUGUUGUUGGCAACUGUGGAAGCGACGCAACAAUGCUGUCUUCAACCAACACCUCGACCACCUAGGUACUGUUUUGCGUACUGCUCGGGAAGAAGCACGCACCUGGGGCCAUCGCCUACCGCAGGGUGAUCUAGCUGUUAGCUUUGUCCUGGUGUAA